GUUUCAGGAGGCUGACAGUUGGGUGAAACAUAUUCAAAUCCUGAGAACUGCCAUAGAUCAGUUUUUGCCCCACAUGAACCCCCUGACAUUGGAAGAGACCUUCUUUUCACAAGUGCUGCCAAAGACUUUGAAAUUAUUUGAUGACAUGAUAUGUGAGUUAUCUAAUCAAGCCAAAGGACUGUCAAGCCAGAAUCUGGAAAUCCAGACCACUCUAAGGAAUAUUUUACAAAAUAUGGUGCAGCUUCUAGGAGUUUUUAAAGGAUGUGUUGAUCAUAUUUGUGCCACUGGGGAACCCAUUGUUCUAGAACACAUUCAUAGUCUUCCCUCUUCUGUCUUACAAGUAAUUAAGAGCACCUUUGUGCAUUGUAAGAACAGUGAAUCUAUCUAUUCUGGGCAUUUGCACCUCGUAGCGGACCUUCUCCAGGCUCUUUUCAAGGAGGCCUAUUCACUCCAGAAACAGCUCAUGGAACUGCUAGAUAUGGUCUGCAUGGACACUGGAGCCGCUGGGAAGGGUGAUACCGAGGCUAUGGUAGUAGUUAUUCAUUCAUUGUUGGACAUAUGCUCUGUGAUUUCCAAUAUGGACCAUGCAUUUCAUGCCAACACUUGGAAGUGUAUAAUCAAGCAGAGCCUUAAACACCAGUCAGUUCUAAGGAGUCAGCUGAAGCACAAAGAUUUAAUGAGCAGCCUGUGUGGAGACCUUCUCUGUGCCUUCCAGUCUUGUUUACAGCUGGCGGAGCAUAUGACUCAGUCCGGGACACAGGAAAAUGUUGACUACAAAUUAUUUCAAAAGACACUCAAAUUAUGUCGUUUCUUUGCUAACUCCCUUUUGCACUAUACUAAGGAAUUUCUUCCCUUCCUUGCUGAUUCUUGCUACAUGCUACACCGACUUUAUCUUCAGAUACACAGCAAGUUGCCUCCAAGCCUGUAUGCACCCGGAAUUUCGAGAGCACAGCAAGAGGAGGUGGCUGGCACUUUCCUGGUGACACUGGACCUGCUUGUCAGCCAGCUGCUUCCCUACCACCCUUUUGCACAGGUGGUUUUGAAUAGUGAACCAGGACUGCCGGAGGACCUCCAGUUCCCACAGUGCCUCCUGCUGGUGGUGCUCAUGGAUAAGCUGCCUACUCAACCUGAGGAUGUGCAGGCCCUGUGGUGUUGCUUGAGUCCUGGCCCAGAGACGACAGGCAGGAUGCCGAUUCUCAGAACCCUGUUCCACACUUUUGCGCAGUGUUCUGGGGAGCUCUCCCUGCCCAUUUGUUUGCGGGCAGCAAAGGGACAGGGCCAAGCAGAAGUGCCUGUCACCUUGUAUCAGCAUGUCUGUGUUCAUCUCUGCACCUUCAUUGCUUCUCUACAUUCCUCACUCUUCCCUGCUCUGGAUGCUGCUCUGCUGGAGGCUGUGCUCAGUGCUCAGAUGAUCGCCGCCCUGCUUGCCAUAGAUGCCUGGUGCUUCCUCGCCCGAUAUGGGACUGCUGAACUCUGUGCACACCACAUCACCAUCGUGGCCCAUCUGAUCAGAUCUUGUCCUGGACAAUGUCAGCAGCUCACCAACCUGUCAGUCCUGUUGCGACGGCUCCUCUUCUUUUUGACUCCAGCACAGCAGGUGGAGUUUAUCCAGAAGUUUCCCCCGCAAGAGGCAGAGAACUGGCCUGUGUGGCAACAUAUUUCCUUCCAGGCCUUCUCUGUUGAGCUCCGCAAAGCUGCGGCCCUGGAGCUGGUCCGAGCCGGCGUCCUGCGGUGCCGGGAGUGGCUGAGCAGCAGUCGCACUUACAUUGAGCUCAAGGCUCUGAAUGCGGUCCUGCCGGCCUUGCUGGCUGUGUGUACUUCUGCCGAGGACGUGCUAGAUCUAGGCCAGCAGGCUGUGAUCAUGGAAGUCGGGAGCCGGCUCUGGGCUUGUUUCCACAGUAAACCAAUAAUGGAUCAACCUUGUGUUCAGUACAUACUCAGCCUUUUGCUUCCAUUGUUGGGCUUUUUCAUUCAAACACUGGACCCUCAGCUGACAAGCCAGGUGGUGACCGCACAGACAGCACUGCUGAGGCUGGAGCCGUCCGACCACAUCCGUCUGGCUCUGCUGGAUUUUGUCUCUUCUCUAGGGAGACUUUACAUCUCUAAAGACACUCAGGAUAAAGUCCUGCCCAGUCUUGCCUCCACUCUGGACCUCCUCCUUGCUGAUGGGACAUGGCUGCUGGAGCAACAUGCCUUGGAGGCCUUCACCAAAUUUGCUGAGGGAACCAGUCAUGAAGAGAUAGUUCCACAGUGUCUCAGUUCUGAAGCAGUGAAGAACAAAAUUGUUUCCUUCCUGGAGAAGACUGAGCUGGUGAAGGAGACAGCAGAUGCCAGGGUGGAGCGUGUCAAGAGGGAAAAGUGCAUCUUCAGGGGUCCUUUGGUGGGAAUCACCGCAGGAGCAGUCGAGUCAUCUUUAGAGCCCCCAGCAAAGCGAGCCUGUACAGCAGGCCCGUUGGAGGCGGUGCUGCAGGCUGCAGAGGGUGCACUGGACACACUGGAGGAACUGCUGGCCAUGGGCCCCGCUCCGGGCUGGCUGCCGGCUCAGCUCAGGGUGCUGCUGCGCAGGAUAGAGGUGCUGAACCGCCUGUCUGAGACCCCACACGAGCCCCAGCGGAAUCACGGCGGUCCCACUUCUAGCACAGAGGAAACAAGUUUGGGAAGUGGACUCUAGUGAAAAUAGUCUUUAUUGGACAUUUGGGGGUAGGGGCUGUAAACAAAUAAAUAAGCUGCUCAAGGACA